ACCUCUGUAACGCUUGGUAGAUUACACGGCGGGAAUACACAAAACAGGGAAUCUGACGCUUUGAAAAUAAACAUGGGAAGACGAAGCCGGUCAUCAGCGGAGGGAGUGACAAACAACCCCCCUAAAAGAACAAGACGGAGAUAUAACCUAAGGCGAACAGCGAGUAGAAUGAAGAGAGACAGGCUACUUGGUGGUGACCAAGAUGGAAGGAGGACUGUUGUGUCAGAUGAGGACUUCAGGGAGAAAAAUGUUGCACUUGAAGAGGUGAAAUUAGGAUCAGCUUUGAGCAUUGAGUCGGUGGACACCUUGAAAGAAAAAAAUCAGAAGGACCAUCAUACUGAUGAAUUCGAGGAAGAUUUCACAGUUGUCCGUCGCGGUCAAGCCUUUUCGCUUAAGAUAAAAUUUGAUAGAAAUGUGGACAAAGAUCAGGAUAUCAUUGCCAUUAAAUUUUCAUAUGGUGCAAGACCAUUGGAAAGCAAGGGUACUCUGGUCCGCUUACGUGUUGACCUGGUUGAUGGUGUGGAAACUUUGGAGGGAUGGCUUAUCAAGGUGGAGGACUUAAAAGACGACACACUGACUGUAAAUAUUACCGCCUCAGCUGAUACAAUGAUAGGAAAGUACGAGCUUCUCUACGAGACAAAGUUAAAGAACAGUGAUAAAGAUUUUACGAAGCAAGAUCUAGACACAUACAUAUGUGUACUGUUUAAUCCUUGGUGCAAAGAGGAUAUUGUAUACAUGGACAAUGAAGCUGAGAGAUUCGAGUAUGUACUAAACGAUACAGGCAGGAUAUGGAUUGGUUCAGCCAGAUCUCAUUUUGGUAGACCGUGGAACUUUGGUCAGUUUGAGAGUCCAGUGUUAGAGGUUGCUCUAGGCUUACUGGACAAGGGAGAGUUGGCAGACUCGGGGCGUGGCAGUGCUGUCUCUAUUAUCAGAUGUCUGUCAGCCUUGACAAACAGCAUGGAUGAUGAAGGGCUAUUGGAAGGAAAGUGGGCGUCAGAAUAUCCCAAGGGAAGUGUUAAGCCUUGGGAAUGGACAGGGAGUGUGGCUAUCAUUGAAAAAUACCAUGAAACUGGAAAACCUGUACAAUAUGGACAGUGCUGGGUGUUUUCUGGUGUUUUUACCACUUUGCUGCGAUGUUUAGGCAUUCCAACAAGAUCGGUGACAACUUUUGACUCAGCUCACGACACAGAUUGCAGUAUGACAAUUGACAAACAUUACAAUCCAGAUGGUGAGCCUUUAGAUGACCUAGAUGAUUCAACAUGGAACUUCCACGUUUGGAAUGAGUCGUAUUUCCGUCGCCUAGAUUUACCCGACGGUUAUGACGGUUGGCAAGCUCACGAUGCCACGCCUCAGGAGGCUAGUGAGGGUGUGAUGAGAUGUGGCCCCGCCCCAAUGAAGGCCAUUAAGGAAGGGCAUGUUUACCUUAACUUCGAUACUGCUUUCAUCUUUUCAGAAGUGAAUGGAGAUAAAUGUGAAUGGGAGGUACAUUCUGAUGGCAGUAUGACUAUAUGUAGUAUUGACAAAUAUUCCGUAGGACAUAACAUCAGUACAAAGGCUGUUGGUUCUGGCGAUAGGCAUGAUCUCACCCUUGAUUACAAAUAUGCUGAUGGCUCACCGGAAGAAAGAAAAGUUUUAGAGUUUGUGAACAAGUUUAGUACAGAGAGAAAGAAGAACGUAUACAAGAAAGAGCAGAAAAGAGAGCUUGAAUUUGAGCUCAUUCUACCAGAGACUGAGAUCGGGCACGAUCUAAAUGUUGGAGUGAAGGUGAAAAACAUCAGUUCGGAAGACAGGAAGGUCAAGGUCCGUCUUACAUGCGCAUCAACCUUCUAUACUGGCGUGACGGGAAAGAAAGUGAAGGGAGAAAUGACAGAGGUUGCUAUCGAGGGCGGAGCAGAGAAGGACGUUAUGCUAUCUAUUUCACAAGAGGAAUAUGUUGAAGCAAUGAACCCUGAGGCCAACUUUAAAUUGACUGCUGUGUGUAGGGUAGUCGAGACCGACCAUAUGUUUGCUACCAGUGAACCUUUCUCCUUGAAGAAACCAAGUCUUGCUAUCGAUGCUCCAGAAAAGAUCUGCUCAUCUGUUGAUACUGUUGCUUCAAUACGCUUCAAAAACACAUCAGGCCUUAAACUUCAUAACUGUGUAUUCAAUGUGGAAGGAUCCUACCUUACUAAGGCCAGGCCAUAUAAUUACAGGAAAGUGGUCCAUCCCGAUGACGAGAUCUCGAUAGACGUUGUAAUGCAUCCAAGGCGACUUGGAGAACGAACACUCCUUGCCACAUUUUCCUCGGAUGAGCUGACAGAAGUGGAAGGGGAGAUAACCGUGUAUGUUGUCUCAAAGUCGGAAUGGGAGGAAAAAGAAAAAAAUGGAGCUGGAGAUGAAGGUGAAAUAAAUAUGGACACUACAGAUGCAGGUGGGGCAAAUUCAGGCGCAGGAGAUGAGGGCGGAGCAAAUACAGGUGCUGGAGAAGGUGGAGCCAAUUCAAGUGCAGGCGAUGAAGGCGGAGCAAAUUCAGGUGCUGGAGAACAAGGUGAAACAACCUCAAGUAAUUAGGAUUCAUUUAAAAGGUGGAGUCUGUGGAAACAAAGGAUGUGGCUUAAGAAAAGGAUUGAUGUGCAUAGAUUAGAAGAUGACUGGAUUGCAGAUAUUGCAC